GGACAGAGGUAGUUUCAAAUCCUCCCUCCGCCACUGCCACUAACUUUUCCAAUAUAAGAUUUCAAAAUGCUUGGUUUGUUCUCUUCUUGAUCAUGAUGAUCUGCCCAAUUUCUUUUCUCUCAAAACAAUGUUGAGCUUACAAAAUUGUUUCUAAUGCUGCAAUACAAUGAUUUUCAAUCCUUGUAAAAAGACAUGUCACAUGCCAAAGUAUUCACGGUAAAUCUAAAAUGUAGCGCAGUACAAAAAAACACAGUAAAUAGACAAAAUAAAAACAGAAAGUUUAUCCCUACGAAAAUUAUCAAUAUUGCAUCUUCAUUCCUCCGAUUCUUCCAACCGCCGGCCAAAAAGUUCCCUCCAUUUUCCCCAUCUCGCAUUCUGCAGCAAAGAAACCAUUAAUCUCUGAAUCAUUAUCGUCGCACAUGUAAAAUGGAGCUAUUCGAGAAAGCGAGGGUGAUCCGGCUCCGAAGCCACCACGACAAGUAUCUCCUCGCCGACGACGAUCAGGAAGGGGUGAGCCAGGAUCGGAACGGGAUGUCGAAGAACGCCCGAUGGACGGUGGAGAUUGUGGAAGGAUACCAGGCCAUACGGUUACAAAGCUGCUACAGCAAGUACCUGACCGCCUCCUCCACGCCGUUCCUCCUCGGGAUGACCGGGAAAAAAGUGAUUCAGACGACACCCCCGCGCCUUGACACCUCCGUCGAGUGGGAGCCCAUUAGAGAAGGCGUUCAAGUUCGCCUGAAAACCCGCCACGGCCAGUACCUUCGCGCCAACGGCGGCGUCCCUCCUUGGAGGAAUCAUGUCACCCACGACAUCCCUCAUAGAACUGCAACCCAGGAUUGGAUUCUGUGGGAUGUUGAUGUGAUGGAGCUAAGACCGCCACCGCAGCAACAAUCUUCCGAUCACCGACCGCCGCAGGGCCCUGGUGGCCGGUCUUUCGAAGCCUCUCUCCAGCCUCCUCCUCCGUCGUUUGGACCCAAACCUUCCCUGUCAAGAAUGGAGUCUGAUGAUACGUUUGUGAUGCCAGCGAAAAAUGAAGGCAGGGUGAUCAAGUACGUAGUGGCAAAUGAGAAAGGACAAGUUGAUAAAGAUGAAGAAGGGAGUACCUUUUCUUUCAAGGGAACUGAGGUGGGGGAACUGAAGGAGAGGUUGGAGGAAGAGACAGGAAUGAGUGACAUCCUCGUAUGUUCUCAAAAUCCUUUGAAUGGGAUGCUCAAUCCUCUCACCUUGCAGUAUCUGCCACCAAAUAACGCAAGUAUGAAUGUUGUUGUAGUUCCCUCGGCUGGAAAAGGUGCAAAGAAUAUUAUGCAACCGCCUUCAGAGUAGUAAUGGGCUGGCCAUCUCUUGCAUCGACUGAGGACUGUCUGUUGAGAGAAAGCAACGCUUGCGCCGUAGCUCGUGGUUGAUGGAUGACCAGAGUGUUGAUGGAGCCAUGUAGUAGGAGUCCUUCAUCCAAUGGUUAACCUAAACACACAAGGUUUCUGUCUCAAUUGUUGACAUUCAACUUCAUGUUAUGUGCAACUAUCUUCGGGCUGUCUGCGAACUUUGCUAACAUCACAAAUGAAGAAGUAUAUAUCAGAGGUUUCCAGCACUUCAGCAACUGUUACUUCCAAGUUAAGAAAUUCAACGUAGUUUUCUCCUUCGUUCUUCCUUUCCUGCCAAUCUUCCCUUUUUCUGUUUCCUUGUAAGGUAGAGAGUAAAUAGCUUAGCUUCUCACUUGCUAGUAAGUUUAAAGCAGUACUUCCUUUUAUACAUACCUUGUAUAUCCUCCUCUUGUUGAGUUUGUAACACGAAACACAUAUCACCGGAAUGGCUCUGAGAGCAGAACAUUAUGGAUUACAGUAUUGAACUUCAGAAUUACAGUCUAUCGCUGAGCUUCAACUUCAUACUCCACCAGUUUUCUGUUCUUCCUUGAGGAUAAAUAAGCAGAGAAUGAAAACAGAGAAACAUGCAAGGAGAUAAACAUGCAAGAUGACCUGGGUUUCGCAGCAAGUUCCACAAGCUUCCCAUGCUUGUGAAUAUUGACAAUUGCUCUGAUAGAGGCAGUCGUGGGUUUCGACGUUUCUCUGUACUGGUUCAGUUGAUAUCUCCAUAUGGCAUAAAGCAAAACACCAGUAGUAUAGUGCUCAUUCUAUGGCUCAAUUCCAUACUCAAGUGAUCUUCCUGUUGCAAUCCAGUAUGAGUACAGGCCAUCAGAACCCCAAGUGAAACAAUUGCAUGAGGACUAAGUCCAUCUCCCCCCUGCAUAUUCCUCAAGCACUUAAUUGGUUUUCCCACAUAGCUAUACAUCACGAACCCACCAACCAUCACUGCCGCAUAAAAACCAUUAGCUUUAGUCUUAAACUGUAUGAUCCCCGGGGCCAUAUGUAUGCAUCCUGCCGCAAGUGCAACAACCUUUUACAUUAUAUCCACCAUCAACCAUUGCUCUUGACCUAAUGAAUCAACCUGCAGUUACCCAGAAUUCACCCAUCCAGAUCAAGCCUCAAACCAGCAUGUCAUUGAAACUCAAAGACGCAUUCGCAAUCAACCUUCAGUUACUGCAUUCACUCACAGGCACAUUCCACUGGGAAAAAUGCACAUCAGGAAUUUUGUCGAACACCUGUCGUGCACAGUUCGUAAAGUUCCUCUGGACGUACAAUGCCAAAAACCUCAAGUCCAAACACGCAACAUGCUAAAACUAACCUGUUUUCAUCCAACCGAUUGUGAAUGUUCGAUGUUACAACCCAGAAACCACACAGUAAGCAUCAGUUCGUCGGAUGGCGCAACAACUCGCGAGAGUUAAAUUUCGGCGCCAAGCUGAUGAAUGGCGGGUGAUUCUUUUGUUUCCGGAUUUCCGCCUUCUCUUUUUCUAUUUCUCGGUGUAAAAUAGAAGUUCAGUUUUGUA